GGAUACCCCGCUAUGGAGGAGGUGGCGCGAAUGGAGCAAGAGCAGAUCACACCUGUUACGACGCCGCAAGGGAGACAUCGCGAAGAUGCAGGAACCGGGACAUCUGCGGCGACGCCACGUGUGCAAACAAGCAGUCGGCGAACGAGGAUCUGGCGGUGCGGCGACGUCACGUGUACAACAAGCAGUCGGCGAGCGAGGAUCUGUCGGUGCGGGAGAUGCGACCAUGCUUGGAGAUCAGGUGCAGGUUCGCGGCGCCGCUGCGGUCGUGGGCGAAGCGGCGGGCACACCUCGUGAAACGGGAGGAGGGGGGCGGAAGGCCGAGGAGGCGGCGAGGACAUUGGAGAUCCCCCGCGCGGAGAAGAGAAAGGCGGUGGAGGACGACGAGCCGCUUGUUAACAGGGUCCUCAAAGGUGGAGUGGUGAAAGAACUGGCUGAUCGGGCGAAACUAUGGGUGGACGACAAGUCUUUCUGGAUGUCGGGGGAGGGCCGCAGGCUGUACAACAUAGUGAACGACGCACGGGAGUACCUCGUCGCCAUUGCCCGAGGAGUUCCUUUGCCGAAGGUCCCCAGAAGUGUAGCCUUGCGGAGGUCGAACGUCACGGUGACGAGGCUCACUGAUUCCACGCAGUUGCAGCGGGCGACUAAUCGCGCGUCGAAGUGCCAGAACGUGGUGAUGCGUGCUUACAUCGAAGACAGGCCCCGGGACGAUGACAUGGCUGCUUACCUGGAAGCGACUGUCAUGCGACUGAUUGCUGCGUUCAACGCGGCGGUAGAAAUAGGGAAUGCGAUGGAUGGAGGAUGCACAAGUCAGGACCGUUUGUCCCGUGUUGCGGAGAGCUUGAAGGUCCUCUUGGCGGCUGCCAUGUGGAUAAUGCGAUUGGCGGGAGACGAUCCGAGGUCCCACUAUGAAGCUUUCUACUUAUGCAACCUCAUCGCGAAGCCCGUUAUGGUGGCGUCCAUGCGCCGCAUCUUCGAUCAUCGUCGCCACACCUUGGCCGCCGCGAACGCCGCAACCGAGCGACUGGGGAAAGCGCAGUUGACGUUGGAGGGUGCUGACGGUGAUGAUGAUGACCACGUUGAUGAUGACGACGAUGACGACGAUGAUGAUGAUGAUGAUGGCGACGAUGAUGAUGAUGAUGACGACCACGAUGAUGAUGAUGGUGAUGAUGGCGUCAAUGGUGAUUGUGAUGAUGAUGAUGAUGAUGAUGAUGAUGAUGAUGACGACGAUGAUGAUGAUGUUGAUGAUGAUGAUGAUGAUGAUGAUGAUGAUGAUGAUGAUGACCACGACGAUGAUGAUAACCUGUCGGAGGUGGUGCGGGCAAGGUACUUCUUUGUGUUUGUUUUCGGUCGAGCAGGGCGCCGCUCGACGUUGUAAAUACAGUGGACUCGGAAGUGCGAUCGGUUCAGCAGGGGUCUUUUCGUGUUGUUGCAGAUAUCU